AGUCUGAAAAUGUCAUAGCAACACAGAGGGUUAUGAAAGCCAGUCUGUGAUUGGUCAAUGGAUUAACUUACACCAAUGAAAACCCAUGUUAAAUAGUUAUUCUCAGUGGUGUUAUGAUAGCAACGACAGACAGAGAGCAAAUUAAAUAGGCUGGAAUAGUAACAGAAUGGCCACUGAAGUUCGCUCCUCUGUCCGCCACCAGCCUCCAGACUGGUUCACCAACAACUACACAAUCUCCACCAAUGCUGAGCGACAGCGUGAUGCCUCUCAUCAAGUGAGACAGGAGAGCAGAUAUCUGCGAAAUGAAACAGAUAAUCAAACAAAAUGGGACCAACAUUCUAAUAAUGUUAGAUUAGCUGAUAGAGUAGAUGUUAUUCGUAAAUGGAAGGAAAUUCUGGAGAAAACCCUAGCUGAUAUUGAUAAGGAAAUAGCUGAUCUUUCUGAAGCAAAGGAGCUCACAGAACAGGCUCUAGAAGCCAAGAAUCUGCCAACUGAUGUAGCUAUUGAAUGUCUCACUUUGCGGGAGGGAAGGCAUGGAAUUGACAUCGUAGAAGAUGAAGCAGAAAAUCAACUUCACAAGGAAGUAGAAGUCAUUGAUGGAAUUAAGAAGCUGCUGCAGCAAAGAAUUGGGGAAGGAUUUGAACAGCUCUGUCUCUUGCAAGAGGCUCGUCAGCAAUUGCAGGCUGAUCUGCAGGACAAGAACAUUGCUCUGGGCAUUGAUGUUGAGCAAUACAACCUCACUGAUAGGUCUCCAAACAUCAGCUUCAAACCAGACUCUCUUAGAGUUCCAAAAGGGAGCACAACCCCACAGCAAUGGGAGGACUUUAGUCGCUACAACAAGGAGCGUGCAGAGGCCGAGAUGCAGGCGUCCACACGUCUAAGGGAGGCAAUCCACCACACGCUCCAGCAGACGGAGAAUGACCUUGAGGCUCAAAGAAUUGCUACCGAGUACGCCUUCCGCAGGAGAAUACACGAGUUUGAGCGUGCAAAGGAUGAACUCGAAUGGCAAAAAAAGAAUACAGAGGAAGAGAUUGCUGAGCUGGAGAAUGACAUCCGCGGUGUUGAGGAGGCUAUUCGGGCCAAGACGAACCCAAUGAAGCUUGCUCAGACACGCCUUGAGAACAGGACCUACAGACCAAAUGUGGAGCUGUGCCGAGAUGCUCCUCAGUACGGACUCACUGAUGAGGUCAAGCAGCUAGAGGCCACAAAACGUGCCCUAGAAGAGAAACUCAGACAGUCCAAGCACGCUCUGGAUGGUUUGUACAACAACCUGCACAGGAUCAACGACGACCUUGCCCUGAAGAACAACAGCCUUGACCUUGACAACAAGUGCAUGGAUGUCCGCAAGAAGCUGCAGACACGCCCCCAGACCGACAUGCAGCGCAACCUAACCUUGACCGGCAUCUCUCGCGAGAGGACAAGGAUCCUGGCAUAAAUUGAGCCAGUGUCAUCAAAUAGACAUUGUUUUUUCUAUUUGAAGAUUUUUUUUAUAUUCAUCAUCAGUAUUUGAGAAAAGAACUCUUUUUUUAUAAAGCAUUUUUUAAUGAAAGUGGUUUUAUAUUAAAAUAAUGAUUUACAUAUUAUAUAUUUCGCUGUAUCGUUUUAAAUAUAUUUUUAAAAUAAUCUUGUAUUUUGUCAUUGUUUGCAAGAGCAAAUCUUUAUUGGUUUUUUGUAGCGUAUUGUGGUGUAUAUGUUUUGGUACAUUUGUUAUGGGUACUUACCACCGGAUGAAAGUUUGGAUGUUUAAAUCUUAAAUUGUCAUUCACACAAGAUGUAGUAAUUUCAAAUUAUUUUAAAUUGCACUUAAUACUUGUAGACAAACAAUAAUUGUUGAAAUCUUUACAAUUCCACUGUAGGGAAUAAUGUGUUUAAUUCUGUGCUUAUUAUUUCUUCUGCAAAAUGCAAUGUUCUUUGUUAUUGUUAAGCUGUGAUAUCAUUUGUUUUGGUAGUUAGAAGUGUGUGGAAAUGUCACGGUUGUUCAUGUUUUACCCCCACCCUCUUUGUAUAUGAAACCAUUUCUUUUAUUAAAUGCUCUACAAUUUACCUAUCUACAGUUGGGUUUUAUAACUCUUUUUUCGAUGGGUCCAUGACCUGAACACAUUUUAUUUUAACAUAAAAACUAAAAGAAAAAGGUUUGAUAAGCUCCAUGGGUUGUUGAAGAUCUUGUAUCAAGUAGUGUUCUGAUUUACUUGUUUAUGGCUAUAUGUAAAAAAAUAAAAUAAAAAGUAAAUGUGUUUAAA